AUGGGGAACCAGGAGGGGAAGCAGAAGAAGGGGAAAGAGGGGGAAGGAUAUGGACAGGACGCAGCAGACAAUGCCACCGGAGAGCCUCGUCAUACUGACGGCAUAAACAAAGGAUUUCACCACGGCAAGAAAUCCCACGGAAAACAUGGCAAAGGAGUGGGGGAGGAGAAGAAGAAUAAGAAGGAGUCUAAAUCCUCUGUGUUCUCUAUCAGGAAGAGGAAGAAUCUAAAGGGGAAGGGAUCGACAGGAGGAUCCAGGGAGGAUGUGUUGUCGUCUCAGAAUGAGCUGGACUCCGCUCACUCUGCUCACACCAAAACACCAGACCUCUCUCUGUCAGCUGACGAUCUGGGCCAGUCUGACACCGAGGGAACAACAGAGCCUGGCGAUGGGCACGGUGCUAGGAGUCAUGGUUGUAUCACGGGGGAGAGCCGGCAGCCCACGGGGGAGAGCCGGCAGCCCACGGGGGAGAGCCGGCAGCCCACGGGGGAGAGCCGGCAGCCCACGGUGGCGACCACGGACACUGCUCCAGACCAGCAGGUGGAGGUUGAACAGAGAAAGAGGAGCAGCUCUGGUUCAGACGUGGACAUCUAUAGCUUUCACUCAGCUGCGGAACAAGAGGACCUGCUAGCGGACAUCCAGCAGGCUAUUAGACUACAGCAGGGGGUGAUUAUCUCCACCGCUGAGCUGAGUGAAGAGCUGGGUUGGGGAGGAGGGUGGAGGAAACAGAGGUCUGACGAGGUUAUAACUACCCCCAGUCCCACUGAACAAACCCCCCCACCGGAGCCUCUCGCUGCCCCAGAGGCAGCCCCCGUCACUGGCCGGGAGAAUGGCCUGCUUUCUAAACCGUCUCUGUCCCUGGAUGGGCAGGAGGAGGAGGAGAGGGGAGCAACCACUGCUACAGAGGAACUAAACUGGGAGCUGAGAGGGGCUGAAACAGAACCGGCCCUUUGUGCCCCCUCCUAUUUCUCUGGGACAAAGGAGCAGGAGGAGGAGCAGGAGGAGGAGGCAUUGAGCUGCCAGGAGGUGAACGUUAACACUCAGCCCCUCUCUCAGCCCCCCACAGCCCAGACUAACGGCCAUGUUACCAAGACAACCAGCGUUACCAGCUUCCCAGACCUCACAGCCUCCUUUGAGAGCGCUGUGGAGUCUCCUCUCAGAGAGGAGAAGGAGGUGUUGGAGGAGGUGGAGGAAGAGGACGAGAAUGACCUGGACCUGCCUCCCAUGUCAGCCGAGAGCCUUAGUCACAGUGACGCGACCACGAGCCACGAGGACAUAGACCUGAGCUCUGACAACGCCUCCGAGGGAGAGGAGAGGGUGGGGGACUGGGUGGGGGCAGGGGUGGGUGCUGCAGUCAGCGUUGAGUCCCUGGAAUGUCUUAGCAGAGGGGAUCUGAGGUGCUCUGAGCCUGCCGACGACCCCCUGAUCACCCAGAGGAGGAAGAGCAGCGUGUCCUUCUACCCUUGGCCCUCUCAGGAGAGCCCUAGCCUGGCCACGCGUCUCCUCAAGUCCACCCUGACCUCCACCCUUCCAUCCUACAACCACUCCUCCUCAGGCACCAGCCCCACAGUCAAACCCUACCCUCCCAUUUACCCAUCUUACAUCAAGACCACCACCAGGCAGCUGUCUGGCUCCCCGGGCACCUCACCCUCACAGAGCCCCUUGUUCCGCCGGCGCUGCCACGACCUGGGACACCGCACGGAGAAGUGGAGGGUUAGACGACAGCGCUCCCACAGUAUCGCCGGUCCCCUCAGCUGGUCCGCGGACUGGACCGAGGAGCUGGAGAGGGAGCGCCCCACCAAGGCAGGAUCAGCGGACUACCUGGAGGGGUAUGGAGGGUCGGAGGACAGGCUGAGGGGGGGCAGUCAGCCCCUGUGUGCCACACGGAGAUCCUCAACCGGACAGGUGUCUACCUGCAGCUUCCAUGACAUCUUCACCGAUAGCAGCCCCUCCUCUGCCCUUAUAGAUAGCAGCCCCUCCUCUGCCCUAAUAGAUAGCAGCCCCUCCUCUGCCCUUAUAGAUAGCAGCUCCUCCUCUGCCCUUAUAGAUAGCAGCUCCUCCUCUGCCCUAAUAGAUAGCAGCCCCUCCUCUGCCCUUAUAGAUAGCAGCCCCUCCUCUGCCCUAAUAGAUAGCAGCCCCUCCUCUGCCCUAAUAGAUAGAAGCCCCUCCUCUGCCCUUAUAGAUAGCAGCCCCUCCUCUGCCCUAAUAGAUAGCAGCCCCUCCUCUGCCCUAAUAGAUAGCAGCCCCUCCUCUGCCCUAAUAGAUAGCAGCCCCUCAUCUGCCCUAAUAGAUAGCAGCCCCUCAUCUGCCCUAAUAGAUAGCAGCCCCUCCUCUGCCCUAAUAGAUAGCAGCCCCUCCUCUGCCCUAAUAGAUAGCAGCCCCUCCUCUGCCCUAAUAGAUAGCAGCCCCUCCUCUGCCCUAAUAGAUAGCAGCCCCUCCUCUGCCCUUAUAGAUAGCAGCCCCUCCUCUGCCCUUAUAGAUAGCAGCCCCUCCUCUGCCCUAAUAGAUAGCAGCCCCUCCUCUGCCCUAAUAGAUAGCAGCCCCUCUGCCCUAAUAGAUAGCAGCCCCUCCUCUGCCCUUAUAGAGAGCAGCCCCUCCUCUGCCCUUAUAGAUAGCAGCCCCUCCUCUGCCCUUAUAGAGAGCAGCCCCUCCUCUGCCCUAAUAGAGAGCAGCCCCUCCUCUGCCCUUAUAGAGAGCAGCCCCUCCUCUGCCCUAAUAGAGAGCAGCCCCUCCUCUGCCCUUAUAGAUAGCAGCCCCUCCUCUGCCCUAAUAGAUAGCAGCCCCUCCUCUGCCCUAAUAGAUAGCAGCCCCUCCUCUGCCCUAAUAGAUAGCAGCCCCUCCUCUGCCCUAAUAGAUAGCAGCCCCUCCUCUGCCCUAAUAGAUAGCAGCCCCUCCUCUGCCCUUAUAGAUAGCAGCCCCUCCUCUGCCCUUAUAGAUAGCAGCCCCUCCUCUGCCCUUAUAGAUAGCAGCCCCUCCUCUGUCCUAAUAGAUAGCAGCCCCUCCUCUACCCUAAUAGAUAGCAGCCCGUCCUCUGCCCUUAUAGAUAGCAGCCCCCCCUCUGCCCUAAUAGAUAGCAGCCCCUCCUCUGCCCUAAUAGAUAGCAGCCCCUCCUCUGCCCUAAUAGAUAGCAGCCCCUCCUCUGCCCUGGGCUGA